GUGAGAGAAUCCUGGGCUACGCAGAGGAGCCUUGCUAUCUCUGGUUCGUCAUGGAGUUCUGUGAAGGGGGAGACCUAAACCAGUACGUGCUGUCACGAAGACCCGACCCAGCGACAAACAAGAGCUUCAUGCUGCAGCUGACCAGCGCCAUUGCUUUCCUGCACAAGAACCAUAUUGUCCACCGGGACCUGAAACCAGACAACAUCCUGAUAACUGAGAAGUCUGGCACUCCCGUUCUCAAGGUGGCUGACUUCGGGCUGAGUAAGGUCUGCGCUGGCCUGACUGCUCGGGGCAAGGAGGGUGGGCAUGAGAACAAAAACGUGAAUGUGAACAAGUACUGGCUGUCUUCGGCUUGCGGCUCCGAUUUCUACAUGGCACCCGAGGUUUGGGAGGGCCACUACACCGCCAAGGCUGACAUCUUCGCCCUUGGCAUCAUCAUCUGGGCCAUGAUUGAGAGGAUAACUUUCAUUGACGCGGAGACCAAGAAGGAGCUGCUGGGGACCUACAUCAAGCAAGGGACCGAGAUUGUGCCCGUUGGGGAAGCGCUGCUAGAAAACCCAAAGAUGGAGCUGCACAUCCCUCAGAAACGCAGGACUUCCAUGUCUGAGGGGAUCAAGCAGCUCUUGAAAGACAUGUUGGCUGCUAACCCGCAGGAUCGACCUGAUGCCUUUGAGCUUGAAACCAGAAUGGACCAGGUUACAUGUGCUGCUUAA